AUGGAGCGGAAGAAGGCACAAGAGAUUAUUGAUGGGAUACAGGCAACUGACCCCAAGACGAGACUAAAGCACAUGAAGGAAAUAAAAACCUUAUGUGAAAUUGUAGGAAUGGAAAAAACAAAAAAUGAAGUCAUCAAAUUUUUGUACAACAUAAUAGAAGACGAUUCAGAUGUCCUCUUUGAAUUGUCCAAUAAUUUAGUUACCAUAACAAAUUUUUUAAGUGAUGUAAAUGAUUGUAGUUCUUUAUGUGACUUAAUAUUACAUUUCAUUGUGACGUACGAAAAGGAAAUUAAUGUGAAUGCCUUUCUUGCCUUUAAUAAUUAUUUACACAAAUGUGACUGUAAUACACUGAUAAAUAUUAUAUGCCCCAAAACGAUGAAUCUGGUUAGUAGCGAUAGUGAUAACUACCGAAUCGGAGUUAGUAAAAUUAUUCCAAUAAUAAUCGAAAGGUGCAUACAGGAAGGACAACCUAAAUAUAUGAAAACGUUCAUCCAGGUGUUUUUAGAAUUGUAUAAAGAACUUAGCCAGAAUUCUAUGUACUCUUCAGCGAAAGGGGAAGAAGAGAAGGGGAAGCCACUUUCUGGGGAUGAAACUGCUGGGAGGGCCCAUGGAUAUGCGGUUCAAAGUGGUGCGAAUAAUGAGGCAGAUUGGAAGGGGGGGACACUCAAUGGAGAUAGGAAAGAACAGGUGGAAGGAAAACUCGAAAAGAGGGAGGAAGUGAAUGGUGUGGUGAGUACCCAUAGAACCACAGCAAGCGGAACAAGUGGACACACACUAAAUGGGGACGAAAAAAAAGAGAAAAAAAACAUCGAAGAGGAAAUUAUCACCUUGAAAACGAAUGAAAAACGAAAAAUAUUUGUAGAGAAACUGUGGGAAGGAGCGAAAGAAAUAUAUAGAAGUUUUUUUUUCCCCAUCAAUGGAAUGGACGAAGUACAAAUAAGCGCAGUAUCCAUAUUAGCAGAUAUCCUAACAUGUGAUCCACAUUUUGUAAAAAAUUUAGAAGAAACGUUGAGGAACAUAUGUAAUGACGAAAGCUGGAGAGUAAGAGCCGUUUUAGCAAAUAACAUUCACAGAAUUUUAAAAGUACGAAAGAGUGAAGACAUAUCUAUUGUCAUUCUCUUACUGCUGAAAGAUGUAGACAGCAAUGUACGUAGUAUUGUGUUGAAUAAUCUGGACAAUAUUUUAGUGCAUUCAAAAAUUAGUGUCAACAUAAUGGAUGAAAUUUUUGAUGAUUUGAAAAGAGACAUUGAUAGUAAUAAUGUGCAUUUAAAAAUUUCUUUGUGCAAAUUGUUAUGUUCUUUACCAGACAUAUUGGACAAAAAUGGAUCCAUAGAAUAUAUCCUGCCAUUAUUUUUGUUAUUCGUAAGGAUAGAAGAAAGUGAUUUGAAGUCAGAUUUGUUCACUUGUUUGCACAAAAUUUCGAAACUUAUUUCCUUUUUUGAUAUGAAACAAAUUAUUAUGCCACUGUGUCAAGAAAUUGUUAAAAGUAGGAAUUGGAGAUUAAGGUGUACAUUAUAUCAUUACUUAAAAUUUUUUGAUCACUUUUUUUUUUAUCAAAAUAAGGAAAAUUUUUCUUCAAAUUAUGGCGAUUUCUGGAGUUUUAUAAAUAUAGGGGCUAAAGACAUGGUCUACUCCAUCCGAAUGGAAGUAGUGAACACGCUACACUUUUUAAUCAAGGCCAAGAGUUUCUCCUUUUUUGAAAAAGGAAUUACUUACCUGUUAAAUGACCUUAAAGAAUCGAGUAGGCACAUCUGCAGAAUUACCUGUCUGCAAUACAUUUCCAGACUUGUCGUUUAUUUCCCCCUACAUUAUAUCGAAAAUAAGGUGCUAGCCAUUUUGGAAGAUUUGAACACUGAUCAGAUAAGUAACGUUCGCUAUAACAUAGUUAAGACCAUUUACUAUGUGAUGAAUUACGUCAAGUACGUCUUGUCUGUCAUAAUGAGUGAUACAUACGAUACGCUAAUGGGUAAAAUCACCAAAAUGGUGGAAAGGAGGAACAGGGAGAAUGAGGAAAGUGAAAAAGUUCCUGCGAGUGAGGGGGCCCAAGUGCCGACUUCAAGUGCAGGGGUGAAUAUAGAUCAACAUUCCGCUUUAGGCACAAACGCAGACGCAGAAACGGAUGACGACAGCGAACAUGAUAUGCAGAAUUUUAUGUCGACCAAGCCAAGUGGAAACGAUGCUGGCUACUUUCACCUCUUGGAGAGUAAGCAGUGCCUCCUAAAAGAUCAGAUUAAGAGGAAGAAGUAUUCCUUUUUAAUCAACUCAUGCGCAAUUUCGUCCCUUACCUUUUACGACAAUAUGAAGAAUACAGACACGAACAGGCGCUGCUGCGAGCGCAUUUUGAGUUUCCUCUCGGAGAAGAUUAAUUCACUGGGGGCCGACAAGGACGCGGACGUGUCUACAGCAUCCAAAUCUUUGAAGAACGACGAUUUCUUUUACUACAUAAGUUCCGUAAACACGUUCAGUGCGGUGUGCAGGCCGAUCAAAUGA